AUGAAAUUUAAUUUUGCUGCAAUAAUCAAUACCUUAUUCUUCCUAUUCUCCUUAAUUGAAGCCACCAACAAUGGGGAGACAGUCAGACUUAUUACUUCCGAUGGUAUUGUCUACAGCUAUGCUGUCUACACAAAAACUAUUGCGCCGGCAAGAGUUGUGGUUAAGACCAUUUCUUAUACUACUACCAGAGUAUAUCCAAUAACUUUGGCUAAUUCUAUCGUUUCUUCAACUACCGAAAAGAUAACAGAGGUUUCAACGGUGUCAGCUUCAGAACAAGUUAGUGCUACUCAAACAAACACAUUGGUCGCUACCUCUAGCGAUCCCACUAUUACUCCAUCUGUUUCAUCUAGUUCGAUUGUUUUCUCUGCCUCCACAUCUGAUGUUGAACCAUCCCAAAUAGCUGAAUCAUUAAGUGUAUCUUCUAUCACUGUUCAACAAUCUGCGUCUUCUACUUUUAGUUUGAGUUCCAGUUCUGCUUUCGUUUCUUCUACCACGUCUUUCCCUUCUCAAGUUUCUUCGGAUUCAUCAUCGGAGGGAUCAUCAUUAUCAUCAACAUCAUCGUCGUCGUCAGCAUCUUCAUCUUCAUCGCGAUCACCAUCGUCAUCGUCCAUUUCUUCUUUUGCUACAAUUAUUACAUUGGCGCCAUCAAGCUCAAAGCAGGGAAACUCUCUAUCUACUUCAGUCCUAUCGCCUUCUACUUCCAAAGCUGAAUUAUCUCAAGCAAGAUCUACUUCAACAAAAACAACAUCUACGUUAGUACCCUCGUCCGUUAUGGAUACAACGUCUAAAAUAACGACAUCUAUAGCAUCUGAAUUGUCUUCUGCACAAUCGAUAUCCGUCUCCAGCUCGGACGGUACGUGUUACGUAUUUUAUGAUGACGAUGAGUACUAUAGUACUGUCUACUUAACUAGCCCACAUCAGUCCGUUGAUGCCGCCACCACAAUAACGAGUACAAAUACAGUUUAUGCUACCGUAACCAUUUAG